CGGUCGCGCGAAGAUUUUACAUUUUGAAUGGCGGAACGCAAGAAAGGCUUGGAUGUUAUUUAGUUUUUAGCAAUGUAGACAUGGAAGCGACACAACAUUUGUCGGAGUCUUCGGAGUCGAACCAGUCAAACGACCAGUCUGUGUCCAACCGGAGUCUUAACAGAAGUCGGAGAGUCGCCGAAAAAGAGAGACGGAAAAAUGAGGCGGAUGACCCAAUUGUACUGGCCAUGAACUAUUUCUCUAACGUUAAGGCAGGCACUCCCAUGGUUGGCAACGAUGCCUUGGAGGGGAACCUGGUGGUGGUGGAGAAGGUGGCUUACUCUGCAGGACUUCCACCGAAUGCCAUCUCUGUGAUGCUGGAGUUUGCAAUGAGCCUUCGCAUGGGAGCGAGUUUGUGUCCCCGUGUGCUGAAGUGUCUGAUCCCCGCGACAGUGGUUCCUCAUGAGGCUGUGGUUCGAGCCAUAGUUUGGCUGGGUGUCUCCAAAAUACCUGUAAAUACACAAGUUCUUUUCAUCAAGUGGGUGUUGACCAUGUUUGACCAGAUUGAUGCAAAGGAUCAACUGAGAGCCAUCUAUGGCUUCAUUUUCAGCUAUGUGACAGACGAAAACCUGUGCCCCUUCAUCUGCCACCUGCUGUACCUUCUGACCACAAAGGAAAGCGUGCGAGUGUUUCGAGUCCGAAAGCUGCUGAAUUUGCAAACCAAACUGGGAAAACAACCCUUCCUUCUUCACCUGUUGUCCCUAUAUAAAGUGUUUUGCCCCGAGCUGGUGGCGCUGUCUAUUCCGUCCAAAAUUAAGUUGGGAUUCAGGAAUCACAACUCGCCCUGGAAAUCGGCACUAGCUUUCGUCCAGAAGAAGAACAGUGUGUUGAUUGCUCCCAAUCAUGGUGUGACUCUCACAAUUAAAGAUCAGAGCAAACUGAGGAAAAGGAAACAUCACCAUUUGGAAGUGCCACCUCUGAGUUGUGCGCUUAAUAAUGAGUCUCGGACUGAGUUCCCCCAAAGCCGAAAAUUGGUCCCACUAACGCAGCUUCGUUCUUUUGCGGCGCUUUUGGAGAACAUACACCGCAUAGAGCUGCCAACUCAGAUGGGCUCUUUGCUGUCCACCAGCGUGGCUCUGCAUUACCUGGACUGUGUGCAGGAGGAGUCGGCCCUCCUCCGCCUCAAUUUCUGGCUUGGCUACGCGCUCCAAGAAGAAUUCUUUUGUCGGGACGGAGACUCAAUGGAUAAUUCUGAUGAAGCCCUGCAGUUUCUUAACAAGCUACUGUCGGCACAGCAAUUUCUCCAGGAGGGAUUUUGUAGUUCCGAAGCGUUUCUCUACAAAUUCCUCUCUGUCUGGGACGGAGGCCUCAUGCGUCCGCAGAUCCUCGGCCUGCUGAGCAGCAUUCCCGUGGUUCCUAGCUCCAAAAUGGAACGGCUUCUUUUAGAGCCCCUCAAGCAGCUCUACUUUACGUCCUCACCAUUUUUCAAGUGUGGGCUGUUGGAAUGUCUAAACGGCAUGCUGCGGAAUUGGCUGACCUGGCACUCGGUGUUCGCUCUGGAAGACGACUUGGACAUCAGCAUCAGCAGUCACACCUCAGUACACAUGACUCUGUCGGGCUUUAAGGACUCUGUGUUGCUGCUGGUGCAAUUCGUGGGUCAUUUGGCCUCUGUGGGGUUGCAGCUGGAGAGCUGCCACUCCCUCCUGCUCAACUUCAUCCUGGACUUUUACGAGACGGUGUGCGACAUGUUUUUGAAGUACGGUUUCCCGCUGAUUGUGAUACCACCGCCUGGCGUUUUCUAUCCGGCACUGCUCGCCACUGACCCCGUCAGUGUGGACCGCCUGGCCUACGUCAUGCACAGGUACAAGGUGAACCUGACAUUUGCCAAAGAACAGUCGAAAGUCACAGAGGCUUUUCACAUCAGAUUCCUGAACCUCAGCGAUUUCAACCACUACGUAGUUGACAUGGUCAACUUCCUGUGGAACGGCAAAACAUUCCAGUCAGGUGCCAAUGUGCGGGUAGACGAGGGGCUGUUACAGAGGAGCAAAGUACCCCAGUGCUCCGCCAGCUUCAACUUCGUUCACCACCCGGCCUUCAUGAGUCACGCCAUCACCUUCCACCUCAAGUGUUGGCCUGAAAGAAAAGAGUUGGAUCUAAGCUCUAUAAUGCAUGUCAAGCCGUGGAACUGGUACCUGCAGUAUCUGUACUCGCAGGGCUACGACGGCCUGAAACUCUUUUGCCACACCAACACCAACGGGCGACAAAGGUUGGAGGGAAAGAAAGACCUCCAGCUCUAGC